AUGGAAAAUAGCUGCACAAGCAUAGUUUGGUUUAGGAGGGAUUUAAGGAUAGAAGACAACCCAGCUUUAGCAAAUGCUGCUAAGGAUGGGAAAGUACUGCCUGUUUUCAUAUGGUGUCCUGAAGAAGAAGGCCAGUUUUACCCGGGCCGGGUUUCGCGGUGGUGGCUUAAGCAAUCACUUAUCCACCUACAGCAGUCGUUAAAGUCUCUCGGGGCAGAAUUGGUUUCGAUCAGAGCCGAUAGCACUCUGUCUGCCCUUUUAGACUGUGCUAAAGCUGUUGGGGCCACAAAAGUCGUCUAUAAUCAUCUCUAUGACCCUGUUUCACUUGUUCGGGACCACAAUAUUAAGCAAAAGCUGUGCGAGGUUGGCAUUAGCGUGCAGAGCUUUAAUGGUGACCUUUUGUUUGAGCCAUGGGAGAUUUAUGAUGAUAACGAGCAAGCUUUUACGACAUUCAAUGCUUAUUGGGAAAGAAGCUUGAGCCUCGAAAGAGAACCUGUUGGCCAUCUCCCGCCUUGGCGUCUGAUUCCAGCUGAAGGAGACAUUAACUGUACCACAAUUGAGGCAUUGGGUCUGGAAAAAGAGUCGGAAAAGUCGAGCAACGCCUUACUAGGAAGGGGGUGGUCCCCAGGCUGGGCCCACGCGAACAAGGCUUUUACGGAGUUCAUUGACCGCCAUCUGCUCAACUAUGCAAAGGAUCGUCUCAAGGUGGGAGGCAACUUCACUUCCCUCCUCUCUCCAUACCUCCACUUUGGCGAGCUCAGCAUCCGCAAAGUCUUCCAACAUGUCCGCACCAAGCAAAUCAUCUGGAAAAACGAGCACGACCCGCUCGGGGAACAAAGCGCGUCACUCUUCCUUAGAACCAUUGGUCUCCGAGAGUACUCCCGCUACGUGUGCUUCAAUUUCCCGUGCGCCCAUGAGAGGCCUCUGCUGGGUGGCCUGAGGUUCUUCCCGUGGGAGGCAGACGAGGGGCGGUUCAAGGCAUGGAGGCAGGGGCGGACGGGGUACCCACUGGUGGAUGCAGGCAUGAGGGAGCUGUGGGCCACAGGCUGGAUCCACAAUAAGGUGAGGGUAAUUGUCUCCAGUUUUUUCGUCAAGUUCUUGCGUUUGCCAUGGCAGUGGGGGAUGAAAUAUUUUUGGGACACGCUCUUAGAUGCCGACUUGGAGAGUGAUAUUCUUGGAUGGCAGUAUAUCUCCGGGAGUUUGCCCGACGGACAUCAGCUUCAACGUAUGGAUAGUCCACAGAUUCAGGGAUUUAAUUUUGACGCAGAAGGUGACUACGUCCGACAGUGGCUGCCCGAACUGGCUCGGAUGCCAGCCGAGUGGAUCCACCACCCGUGGGACGCCCCUCUCACUGUUCUCAAAUCCUCGGGUGUUGACUUGGGCAUAAACUACCCCAAACCCAUAAUCGACAUGGAUUUAGCAAGAGAUAAGUUAACCGAGGCCAUAUCCAUCAUGCACGAAAAAGAGUCGAUGGAAAAUGCCGCAAACACCAAUUGCACAGGUGAAGUUGUGGUUGACAAUGGGGACACUAAUAACAUUAAUGAAGCUGUUAAGGAAAAAGAACAAUGCCCUGCAAGCUCGUCCCGUGACCAGAUGGUGCCGUCGGUGAGGAAAUCGGAAAAUGCGGUUCAGAAUAGAAAAAGACCAAAGUCCGGAGAUGAUUGUGAGGAGGAUAAAUUGGGGGUCGGUCGUGAAAAUGGGGCCAGGGUUAGGAAAGUGAAUGAUGAUGACUUGUGCUCAACAGCUGAAUCUUAUUCGAAUAAGGAACAACAAAUGACGGAUGGUAGCAGUCGAAUUUCACUUUGUGUCCCGGAGAAUUCUUCUCUGAUGUCAACGGCCGAGCUCUGUACGGAUUGCGAGUCAUUCGGUGUCAAGCGCAGGUGGCAAGACGAGAUUGGGCAGGAUGAGAUGUCGAGGGAAAAUGGAGGGCAGAAUUUGGCAAAUCGGAUUAGUGAUGAGAACAAAAGCUCAUAA